GUUGGCGGUGCGUCAGCAGUACGUUGCCAUAGGCGACCAAGUGGUGACCCUGGGAGACGGGGACGAGGUGGCUGUGGUGCCGCCGCUCAGCGGAGGAUAGAAAACAACAGAGACGGCAAGUGAUCGGUUUGAAUCGAUCGAAGAGAUGUCACAGGAGAGGAGAGACAUCCUCAAACUGAGUCAUGAUUGGCUGUCUGUACAGGAAGUGGUGGAUGCCGUCAGCAGCCCUUCCUGUGGAGCCAUUUCAACGUUUAUAGGUACGACCCGUGAGGAUGAGGUGGACGGCAGUAAGGUGAUUGGUCUGGAGUACGAGGCGUACGAGCUCAUGGCCCAAUCAGAGGUCACUAAACUGUGUGCUGACAUCAGAGAGCGCUGGCCAGCUGUGACACACAUCUGUGUCCACCACCGGCUGGGGUGGGUGAAGGUGGGCGAGGCCAGUGUUGUCAUGGCGAUAUCGUCACCUCAUCGCCAUGACAGCCAGCAGGCGAUCCAGCACUGCAUCAGCCAGCUGAAGGCCAACGUCCCCAUCUGGAAGAAGGAAGUUUAUGACACACAGGACACAAGCUGGAAGGAGAACUCUGAGUGUCCCUGGUCCAGCCACAGCAAAGUUCAGGGAGAAAACAUCAACGUUCACAUGUCUGCUGGAAAUAAAGUAUAGAAUCUUUGAAUGAA